AUGGAGACGUUUGCCAGACAGUGCUUUGUUGGGAUACUUCUGAAAGGGACAUUUUGUUUGGUGGUUAUUGGGCAAAACCAGCCCCACAGCAACUUCACCUUUGGCAAGGGAACAUCGACUGAAGAACAUUCUUCACAAAUUAACUUGAUCCAAACCAGGAGCUUGAUGGAGAACACCAAACUAUCCAUCAGUCCUUCUAUCCCUCUUUCAAAGCAGGGACUUUGGGAAAUAGUUGGAGGAAAUUCCCAAUCACGCUCCAACCCAUCCUCAAAGUUAAAGCUUCGCCCGAUCAUAAAAGUUCAUGGAGCUUCAAAAUUUUCCAGGACGUUCAGCUGGGGAGACUUUUAUUCAAACAUCAAGACAGUCAAGCUGAAUUUGUUAAUCAUGGGCAAGAUUGUGGAUCACAGGAAUGGCUCACUUGGGGUUUACUUUAGCCACAACUCCACAGGUGUGGGCAAUGUGUCAGUCAGUCUCGUCCCACCUGUGAAGGAGGUGGAGUUCGACCUGGAGCGGCAGAGCGUGGUCAACCCCAAAGACUCCAAGACGUUCAACUGCAGGGUGGACUAUGAAAGAACUGAACGCAACAAGAAGGUGAUGCUGUGUAACUAUGACCCAUUCAAGACAUGCACCCAGGAGCAAACCCAGAGCCACGUCACCUGGAUGUGCUCCAAACCCUUCCGGGUCAUCUGUAUCUACGUGUCUUUCUACAGCACAGACUACAGACUGGUUCAAAAAGUCUGUCCAGAUUAUAGCUACCAGAGUCCAGGAGCUAAUUUGCCCACAGGUUAA